AUGGCUACACCCUUCCUCACCAGCCUCGAUGGCCUCACCUCAGCCAGCGGCCUCGACAGUCCCAUCACCCCCGGUGGUGUCGGUGCUGAUGGUCUCCCUUCGUCCAAACGUUCCACCGCCCUAACCGCAAAACUCACCAGUGUCCUCUCAGCCUCCUACGCCGACUAUGAGACUCGCGACGCACUGCGGCUCCUCGACGAGCGAGGAGUUCAUAAUGACGAGGAGACGAGGAGGGACCUGAAAGCCAACGCACAGAAGGAGGUUAUUGAUUGCAAUGCGCAGAUCGUGGAUGAUUUCGGUGUGGUUGCGGAGCAACUCAAACGUGUCGGGGCCUUGCUCGCAACCCUCAACACCACCUGCGACUCAAUGCGUACACAUAUACUCGCCGCGAAACAAGAGUCGGCACCCACGCUUGAAGAGUUCUCCACCCUCAUGACGCGCAAACGGGAUACCGAAAUGAAAGAGUCGCUCUUGACUGCGUUCACAAACCACUUCCUCAUCUCCAAUCAAGAUCUGAACAUCCUGACCAGCUCCGCGGAGCCGCUUGACGACCGCUUCUUCACAGUCCUGGCGAGAUGCAAGCAAAUCCACAAGGACUGCGAAUUUCUGCUGGGAUACAACUCCUCCCCGACGGGCGAGGAGGCCUCGUCCCGGUUGGGGCUGGAGUUGCUCGAACAGACAACGCGGAACUUGGACGCGGCUUUCAAAAAGCUCUACAACUGGAUCCAACGAGAGUUCAAGACACUCGACCUCGAGGACCCCAAUAUCAGCGGCUCAAUCCGUCGCGCAUUGAGGGUGCUUAGCGAGAGACCGAGCUUGUUCCAGAACUGUCUCGACUUCUUCGCUGAAGCGAGACGAACCACGUUGUCCGAGGCGUUCCAUGAAGCCUUGACCGGCUCGGGUCACGGAGGAGUUGCGACGAAAGCAAUCGAGUUUUCUACUCACGAACCUUUACGGUAUAUUGGUGAUAUGCUGGCGUGGGUGCAUUCCGCCGCUGUGUCGGAGAAGGAAGCCCUGGAGGGGCUCUUCGUAUCUGAUGCGGAAGAAAUCUCGCGGGGCCUCAGUGCCGGGAAGGCGAGCGAACCAUGGGCGCGAAUUAGCAGUGGACGGCAAAGAAGCGUGUCAUCUACGUCCAGCACAGAUGCGGAGAAAGAAGACGACGAGCAGCCGGUCUUCGAUGGCCGCAAAGCGCUGUCUGAGCUCAUCUCUCGUAAUCUAUCCCUGGUCUGUCAAACCUUGCAAUCACGGAUCGACGUCGCUGUGCGCGCUUCGGGCGAUCCGGUACUCAUGUUCAAGACCUUCAACCUCCUGGACUUCUAUCGCGGAAUCUUCUCCAAGCUACUCGGCCAGGACUCAUCUCUUGCCAUGCUCAUCCAGUCUCUGCAAUCCUCGACGCUGGCGCAGUUUGAAAAGACGAUGGAAGAAGAAACCACCGUCGCCAUCGCAAGCAUGAACUCGGAGCCUCCGCGCGACCUCACGCCACCUGUGUUCCUGGCCACGGCGUUGACGCAGUUCACCGACGUGUGUCGGGCUAGGGGUCCACAAAUGAGUGAACUGGAACUGGAACGGCUCUUUGCGUCGAUGUUGAGCGGGAUAUUGGCCGCGUGCGCCGAAUCUGCAAUUAAUAUCGCCGACGUGCGAAGGGGGAGCAUCUACAGGAUCAACUACAUGACCGCAUUGAAAGCAACACUGGCAAAUGUGUCGGCGCACGUCCCCACUGCACGGAUACCACUGGAGAAAGCAGCCAGAGAGAUCCAGAUGGUGAGAGACGAACUGGUGGAAUUUGUCACUUCGACAUUCCUAGAGUUCUCCGGUGUCGCAGAGCUCAUGCAGGAGAUCGAUUCACGCAGGAGUCAAGGCUCCAAGGCACGCAGGGAGUGGCUUGUCCAGAACCUCGACGAGGCCGCACAACGGCUGGACGCUUUCCUGUCUACGGCGCUUAUGGACGCGCAGGAAGCAAUGAAACCUCUGUUCGAUCGCACAUUGGCCCAGGAUGUGGUGGCCGAAGCUGUGGAGAGGUUCUGCUCCGAGUACGAUGACUUGGAGGGCAUGUUGGAGACCAUCGCUGCCGAGACUUCUGUGUCAGUGGAAGAGGGCGACGGCGGUGAUGAUGGCGGGUCUGAGGACCAAAGGGAAAAGAGCGCCAAUUGUCUGCUGGGGUCGCUGAGAGAAUCGUAUCCCAGGACUGGCGCCGAGGUACGCGCCCUUCUGACAUGA